UCGCUGGAUGGCGGAAGGGACAGCGAGCAGCGCGGCUCCAGCUCCAGCUCUCCCCUCACUGCUCUCGGCUAAAGCUCGGCAGCUCCGCCGCUGCUGCUCCGUGGACUACCGCGCUUUUCCUCCUCGCCUCUCCUCAUCCUCCUUUUUCUGCUCUUUUUCACACGAACUGCUCGCCUUCGCCGUCGUGUUUCUCCAUCUGGAGUACUAGCUACGCCGUCCGAGAGCUUUUUUUUUAAGAGAAAGCGAGAGAGAGAGGGAAAAAAAACAGUUUCCUGCCUCGACCAACUUCCAAAAAUUCCUCCGCUUUUUCCACCUAACGUUACUGCCGUUCCACUCGGCGCAGCGUUUGCGCAAAAAAACACGUUUUGUGUUUUUAACGCCGUUUUCGUUGCUUUUUUACUAUAAUUUAUUCAUUUUCAGCCCUUCAGCAGACGGAUAACUCUGUCAACAGUUGCUCUGCUGCCAGCCCUCCAUGUGCGGUGGGACAUGCGGAGGCUACUGCAACCGUGCUGUUGGCGGAUUCUGUCCUUCGUCUUGUCCGCCUGCGUGCUCCUCUGGGCGGACUGCCAUCCCGCUUUGUCCGGAGGCGAUCAGGCAGGUCAGCAUGGUUGGGCGACGGGGGACAGGCACCGUAGAGCUGCGGAGGAGUCCUACUGGGCAUACUCAGGUGCGUACGGUCCGGAGACGGGGUGGGCAGCGGCCUAUCCUGAGUGCCAGGAGAGGAACCAAUCACCAAUCAAUAUAGCAGAUCAGGAUACCAAAGUGUCCAUGGAGUAUCAGGAGCUCACCCUGGACGGCUUCGAGGCCGAGUCGUCUAAUAAAACAUCGAUGAAGAACACAGGAAAAACUGUGGCCAUCCUGCUGAAGGACGAUUACUUUGUGCGAGGCGCUGGCUUGCCAGGUCGUUUUAAAGCUGAGAAGGUGGAGUUCCACUGGGGUCAGAGCAACGGUUCAGAUGGCUCAGAGCACAGCAUCAACGGCAGGAGGUUCCCUGUGGAGAUGCAGAUCUACAUGUAUAACUCAGAUGAUUUUGACAGCCUUAACGCAGCCAUCAGGGAGAAGCGAGUAAUCGCUGCCAUGGCCGUCUUCUUUCAGGUUGGGCAGAAGGACAAUCCUGCAGUGGAUCCUAUAAUCCAUGGGCUGAGAGGAGUCGUGCAUCAUGAGAAAGAGACAUUUCUGGAGCCCUUUGUGCUGCGGGACCUGUUGCCAUCGUCCAUCGGGAGCUACUACCGCUAUGUGGGCUCUCUGACCACGCCCCCCUGCAGUAAAGUGGUGGAGUGGAUCAUCUUCAGCCGGCCUGUAUUCCUCUCCUACAAACAGUUGGAGGCCUUCUACUCCAUCUUCACCACGGAGCAGCAGGAUCAUGUGAAGUCAGUGGAGUAUCUACGGAAUAACUUUCGCCCGCUUCAGAGUCUGGACAACCGGGAGGUCUUCAAAUCAGCCGUUAAAGACGCCUGGCUGCCCUAUCUGACUGAUCCAUAUGGCACUGAGGCCUCCAAAGCCUGCAGCAGUGCUCCUAUAAACAUGAAGGUGCUCCCUCUGAAUAAAACAGCGCUGGUGGUGCGAUGGUCCCGCCCAGAAAUCACCUACGACCCUCCCAUCAUCAGCUACCUCAUCAGCUACAGCUGGACUAGAAAUGAAGAGGCCUACGAGGAGACGUACGUCCAAGGCAGCGACCAGAAACUGGAGGCUGUUAUCAAGCCAGUUUCUCCAGAUGUGCUGUAUCUCUUCCGAGUCCAGGCAGUGUGCUUGAACGACAAACGCAGUGACUUCAGCCAGAGCAUGCUCUUCAGAGCAAACACCACCAGAAUAUUUGAGGGGACGAGGAUAGUGAAGACAGGAAUGCCCACCGUCUCUCCAGCCUCCUCUGCUGAUAUGGCCCCCAUCAGCUCUGGCUCAUCCACCUGGACCUCCUCAGGCCUGCCCUUCUCUUUCGUCUCCAUGGCAACAGGUAUCGGCCCCUCCUCCAGCGGCAGUCAGGCCACUGUGGCGUCCGUGGUGACCAGCACGCUGCUGGCUGGCCUGGGCUUUAGCGGCGGAGUCAUCUCCUCCUUCCCCAGCUCUGUCUGGCCCACCACUAGACCCCCACCAUCCACCCCCACCACCGCAGCGUCCAGCCGCCCAGCACCGGCCAACCCUGUGACCUCUGACCCUGAGCCCACAGCUGACCCCACCACUGCUAAGGCUGAGAAAGAGGGAUCAGAUGAUGGAGGAGAGAAGAGCGGCAAAGGGGAGGGGGAGGAAGGCGAGCGAGAUGGCGAGGAAGAGGAGGAUGAAGAUGAGGAGAAGGAGAAGGUGAAGAAUGCUCCAGACGACGUGGACCCACAAGCAAACUCCUCGGUGGCUAAAGAGCCUCCCACGGCCGCACCAGACUCCACUGCUAAGGAGAAAGGAAGAGUGAAAGCGGAGAACAGCACAGCGCCAUCUAGUGUUCCAGAGGAGCAGGUGGAGAGACACACUGAGAAAGCAGAGGAAGAGGAAACGACAGUGACCCCUGGCAUGGAGCCGGGGAGUGGAGGGAACGAGAGUAUGAUACCGCAGGCCCCAGAGAGCCCCCCUCGGGGAGGCAAAGCUGGCGUAGGAGACCGGAGCCAAUGGCCUUUCUCCAUCCAUACAGAGCGGACCAUAGUCUCCAGUAUGCGGCCGGUUCCUGGCUCAGGCAGGAUGGAGUGGAUUAUUCCUCUGGUGGUGGUGUCGGCUCUCACCUUCCUCUGCCUCAUCCUGCUCCUAGCUGUGCUCGUCUACUGGAGGAUGAAUAGCUUGUGUUCUCUCCUGUGUGUGAAGUACAGGAGGUGUUUCCAGACAGCUCAUUUCUAUGUGGAGGACAGCAGCUCUCCGCGAGUGGUGCCCAAUGAGAGUAUCCCAGUCAUCCCCAUCCCAGAUGACAUGGAGGCCAUGCCUGUCAAGCAGUUUAUCAAGCACAUAUCUGACCUGUACGCCAACAACCAGCAUGGAUUCUCUGAAGAGUUUGAGGAAGUGCAGCGCUGCACAGCGGAUAUGAAGAUCACGUCUGAACAUUCAAAUCACCCAGACAACAAGCACAAGAACAGAUAUAUCAACAUUGUGGCAUAUGAUCACAGUCGAGUGAAGCUAAGACCAUUAGCAGGCAAGGACUCCAAACACAGUGACUACAUCAAUGCUAACUAUGUGGAUGGCUACAACAAGCCCAAGGCGUACAUUGCUGCACAGGGUCCCCUCAAGUCCACUUUCGAGGACUUCUGGAGGAUGGUGUGGGAGCAGAACACGGGCAUCAUCGUGAUGAUCACCAACCUGGUGGAGAAAGGAAGAAGAAAAUGUGACCAGUACUGGCCGACAGAGAACAGUGAGGAGUACGGUAACAUUGUGGUGACGUUGAAGAGCAGUAAAGUCCACGCCUGCUACACAGUCCGCCGCUUCACCAUCCGCAACACCAAAGUCAAGAAGGGUCAGAAGGGCAGUGUAAAAGGUCGUCAGUGUGAGCGGACAGUGAUUCAGUAUCACUACACACAGUGGCCUGAUAUGGGCGUUCCUGAAUACACGCUGCCUGUACUCACCUUCGUCAGGAGAUCUUCUGCAGCACAGACUCCUGAGAUGGGCCCCAUGCUCGUCCACUGCAGUGCUGGUGUGGGCAGGACUGGGACAUACAUUGUGAUUGACAGUAUGCUGCAGCAGAUUAAGGAUAAAGGCUCAGUGAACGUGCUGGGAUUCCUUAAACACAUCCGCACGCAAAGGAACUACCUAGUUCAAACUGAGGAGCAGUAUGUGUUUAUCCAUGAUGCCUUGCUAGAGGCUAUUCUGGGGAAGGAGACGGAAGUGUUGUCCAGUCAGUUGCACAGCUACGUCAACAGUAUCCUGACCCCCGGCCCCAGUGGCAAGACCCGGCUGGAAAAACAGUUCAAGCUGGUGACUCAGUGUAACGCAAGGUUUGCAGAGUGUUUCAGUGCACAAAAGGAGUGCAACAAGGAGAAGAACCGCAACUCAUCUGUAGUUCCAUCGGAGAGAGCGCGUGUGGGCUUGGCUCCUCUACCUGGUAUGAAAGGCACUGAUUACAUCAACGCCUCUUACAUCAUGGGCUACUACCGCAGCAAUGAGUUCAUCAUUACCCAGCAUCCUUUGCCUCACACCACUAAAGACUUCUGGAGGAUGAUCUGGGACCACAACGCUCAGAUCAUCGUCAUGCUGCCUGACAACCAGGGGCUGGCUGAGGAUGAGUUUGUUUACUGGCCGAGUCGAGAGGAAGCCAUGAACUGUGAGGCCUUCACUGUCACGCUCAUUAGCAAAGACAGACUCUGCCUGUCCAACGAGGAGCAGAUCAUCAUCCACGACUUUAUCCUGGAGGCUACACAGGAUGACUAUGUGCUGGAGGUGCGUCAUUUUCAGUGCCCAAAAUGGCCCAACCCGGACGCCCCCAUCAGCAGCACCUUCGAGCUCAUCAACAUCAUCAAAGAAGAGGCCAUGACCCGGGACGGCCCCACUAUAGUGCACGACGAGUUCGGGGCAGUAUCGGCUGGCAUGUUCUGUGCCCUCACCACUCUGAGUCAGCAGCUGGAGAAUGAAAAUGCAGUUGGCGUCUAUCAGGUGGCCAAGAUGAUCAACCUCAUGAGACCUGGUGUCUUUACCGACAUUGAGCAGUACCAGUACCUUUACAAAGCUAUGCUUAGUCUGGUCAGCACUAAAGAGAACGGAGCCGGCCCCAUGUCCAUAGACAGGAACGGCAGCAUGGCCCUGUCCGACGAAUCGGACCCCGCAGAGAGCAUGGAGUCUCUCGUGUGAAGCUCCGAGACGGACGCCAAGAGGCACUUAAUUUACUUUGUAAAACUUCAAGGACUAAGACAGACUUUUUCUGAGGCCUUUUUUGCCAGAACUUGGUUAAAUGAAUAACCUGAUUACUUUUUUACACUGAUAAAAAGUUUUUGAUAUUUAUUUUUUCGCCAUUUUAUGUCUUAAUGUUAUCCUACUGAACAUUUGCACCUAUGUUUUUUGAGUUCACAACAAACAAAACACACUUCUGUCUAGUUUGCACUAUGAAAAUAUCAGUGUUACUGCCUACUUCAGUCCUUCUCUAUCUCUAUUACUCUCUUCCUUUCUGUCUUUCUCUCUAGUUCUCUCUUUCACCGGCACCCAGGUUUUGACAUUCCAUUAUAAAGCCCCACUCUACAGCUUAGGAACAAUUCAGAAAAGAUUGAAGAUAAAAAAGAAAUCCCUUCUUUCAUCGAGUUAUGAGAAUCCGAAAUUUUCAAACUCUCAAACAGCAGCUCAUUAGCAUUGAGUCACCAACAAGCAAUAUGGAUUUCUAUGCUAAUUUUUGACUCUCUUUAUGCAUCCAUUUAGCCUGUUAGACUCGUAUUUUACUCUCUACAGGUGGUAUUAAACAGCUACUGUGAACUUCAUUCUUUUUUUUCGUUUUUUAUUUUACAAUUCAUAUUAUGCUUUUAAUAUAUAUGAAUAUAUCGUAUCUCAUUAUAACUCGUGGUUUUGUAAAUGUUAACUGUCAUGAGCUUCUACACUUGGUUGAAUGAUUUCCUACACUUACAAAUGACAAGUCCAUGCCCUCUCUAGCACCCCCUGCUGGUUAUGGUUCCUUUAUGCUGCAAGCUGCUGCUAAAUAACCUGAUUUCAGUGGAAUGAAGAAGUAAUGUUGGUCAUUUACUCAUAGUAGUCGGUUAUUCAGUGUCACAUUUCAUGGUCCAUUCAGUUUUCUACUGCAACUCCACUCACUGACUAAAGCGGUCUCCAUUAUUAUGCGAUGCCUUUUGUACAGUCCAGUCUCAUCUCUGCAGGUGUGUGGUGUACAUGUGUGUCAUGUAUGGUGCUGGGUGUUUGUUUUUUUUCUGUUUUUUUUUUUCUUCCUGAUUAUUCAGAGAGGAAGUGUACACUAUGCUCAGUCCAAGCUGGUUCUCUCAGAGCUCUCCUAAAGUUGCUGUUGAAGACGCUUCAGGCACAUUUAGACACACAUUUAGACACUACUCAUAUUUCAUGCAGUUUCGUGCAUUUAAAGAGAACCUGUGCAGUCUUCGCUUCAUCACUCUUUCUCAUACUACAUAGCACAAUGGCCUUGUUAACAGACCUUUUGCUCCAACAACCGCAGAAGGGACAUUUGAUUUGUAAAGUUUUACCAAAGACUUCAAACUCAUCCGCUCGUCACUCGUUCACUUCCAUAGCGGACAAAAAAAAAAAACAAAACAAAACCUAUAAAAGAGCGUUUGUUGUCCGUGUCAACUAAUGCAGAAUGUUUUAUCGUGUGUUUGUCAGGGUGUCAGGGAAAACUGACUUUCAUUAUGCUGAAAAUAUGAUGAAUUCCCCAGUUGACCGUUUAGCACUUACCCUACUUGUACUAUUCUAUGAAAAACGCUGUUUUUUGUUCAAAGAGUUUGAAUUUAGAGGAACGGUGAAGAUACAUGAAGAUGAUGGGGAUUGUAAUGUUGUUUUGGAUGUGAGGAUGGAAGUAUUUGUGCUUUUGUGAAGAAUUUGAUACCACAUCCUCGAACUUAAGAAGAGCACUGACCUUGUUAAUGAUUUUGUGUCCUGAUUCUUCUUGGAAAAUGGAGAACUUGCAGCUUUCCGGCAUUUGGGAUAAUAUCCCAAUAUCCCAGUGUUGGUGAAAGUCUUUUUUUUACUCAAUUUAGUCAUUGCCAUUUCCACUAGGUAGGUGCUACGAAGCUGGGAGGGUGAAGGCUACCACAGGCUUCCUCCAAGGCACGUGAAGCACCACCGGUUCUUUCUGAGGUGCUGCUAAAGCAACGUCAUUGGACAGUUCAACACGCUUGGAGGAAGACGCUAACUGCUAAUCACGUUAACAGAUGCCUGCGUUAGCUUGCAUCAUGCUAAGCGAUGGGCGGGUCAUCCUACCCACCAAUAGAGAGAGAGGAGAGGCCAGUUGUGCCCUCUAGGACGCUUGCUUACAGAUGGCUGUGGCAUCAGUGGGGAUCAAACAAAUCUCCAAGCGAUAGGGCCAAUGCUUAUGCUGCAAUUUAAUCGAGAACAUUACUAUUAUUAGGAUUUUCUCCUCUUUUCUUUUUCUUUGAAUGUACAUACUUUUAUUGCUUGUCUACCCACCGAUUCUCUGAACACUUUGUACCUUGUCGUAUGAUCAUAGAAUUUUAUUUUCAUAUAAAGCUGUUUUCCUUUCCACUUGCAGCUCCCUGAAUGUUCUGUAUGUGGGGGGGAAGUGUAAAAAGCCAGUGGUCCAUUCACCGAGUGACUGACAUCACAUUCCACACAGUCCCCAUGCCUCCCAUACCACAAGGCAGUGAUUGUGAUAUUCUCUUAUCAUUUUCUUUAUCGUUUUUGUUUUGAUUUCUUUCAAAAAAGAAUCUAGUUUGUUUUUUUUGUGUCUGAUUCUGUUGUGCGAGGGUGUCAUAGGAUAGCUCUUAUAAGCCACUGAUUACGUUUCUCCCAUUGACUUGUUCCAAGCAGGUGGGUGUCGACAUCACAUCCUCUUUUUGUAAUCUGGAAUAACACAAAACGAAGGAAAAAGUGUUUUUCUUGUUUUGUUGAAAGCUAUAUCAAAGCAUUCUAUUAUAGUGUUAUUUAAUAUGUAAAUUGUAUUGCUAUACAUAAAAUAAAAUAUGGGUUUUGAUGUACUUUAAGCAUA